GGUGCCAGAUUGCACUGUUCCCACAGCACAUUUCAUGCAGCAGGUGAAGUUCGAGUGUCGUUUCACCAACGGGACGGAGCGGGUGCAGUACCUGGCCAGAGUGAUCUAUAACCAGGAGGAGAACGCGCGCUUCGACAGCGACGUGGGGGAGUACCGGGCGGUGACGGAGCUGGGGCGGAUCGCCGCGGAGUGCAGGAACCGGGAUAAGGACUUCCUGGAGGACGCGCGGGCCGCAGUGGACACGUACUGCAGACACAACUACGGGGUCGGUGAGAGUCGGUGAGAGCUUCACGGUGCAGCGGCGAGGUGAGCGGGGCGGGGCUGCG